AUGGCGGCGCGGCGGAUCUACAAGGUGCUUUUAUUUAUGCGUCGAGUGGAGUUUACACCGUAUGAAGGAUGUUUUCAUAUGUUGCUCGUAUAUGUCACCGGGCUGCGGAGGCCUAUAGAAGACAUAUUCAGGGUCAUGGAGAAACUGGGGCGAAAAGGGUUUGGGGAACCCUCACUGCCCACAUGGGUCGCGAUAUACUACGCAUUGUGGAAGGAUACGCGACUGGGCGAGCUGGACAGACUCGUCUUGCACAUGUUGGAGACGGGCGUAUUCGCCGCGCAUCCGGAAACGGCAGCAAUUCUCUUUCAAUACCAUAAGAGGCGGAAAGAUUUCAAGGGUGCGCUUCUGCUCUACGAGACGCUUUUGAUGCAUGGACACGAUGAGCUUCUCUCGCCUUCGGCCUACUCUCAGCUUCUUAUAUGCGCAUCACGUGCGCGUUCAGCAGACGGGGCAGUCCGCAUAUUUGCCGAUAUGCGACGGCGAGGCUUAACUCCGGAUAGCCGGGAUUUUGGCUCUCUGUUGAGUUCCGUACGGUCGGACCCAGAAAACCGGAGGAAUUGUAUAAAGGAACAGAAGCGACGGGGUUUGAAACCCACCAUAGCGACGAUUACGAUCCUUUUGCAAGCGUCGUUGCGCGAGGCAGGGAGAUUCGAUCCUCUCGUCUACCAAGUCUUCAACCAGACAUUUUAUGUGCGCAGUCUCGAGGUGGAUUUGAAACCGGACGUCAUCUUCUUCAGCGUAGUCAUCAACUAUUUUGUUAAGCAUCGACUUGUGGUUGAGGCUCGGCUGGUUUUCGAAGACAUGGCACGGCACAAUGUCAAACCGGACGCAGGCAUUUACGGAUCGCUCGCGCAGGGUUAUCUAGCGGCCGGAGACACCGUAGCGGCCGAAUACAUCCUCCAACUCAUGACAUGUAACGAUCUGACACCGAACCGAUACCUGCUGACGAAGGUUAUCAACGGAUACCUUGCCCGCAACGACUUUAAAUCCGCAACUCAGGUAGUGGAGCAGAUGCGCAAGGUCAAAUGGCAUGGAGACGCGUUCGUAAAGGAUCCAUACCUCCUCGGGGCGUUCUUAGCGGCGUUUGCGCGGAACGGGGACCCCGACUCUGCCGUCAAGGCGUUUUACGACCUCAAGGACCUGGGACUCCAGCCGGACGUGGCCGCUUAUACCCAGCUCAUCUACUUGUGCAGACAUGAUUUUGCCCUCGUGCGCUCAUUAUGGGAGGAAAUGGCACAGAGUGGCAUCGAUAUCGACGUGCGGGUCUGUCAAAGCUAUCUUUACGCUGUCGCACAUGCUAAUCAGCCGCAGGCGGCAUCGUCAUCAUCAUCCGCUACUAUCUCCUCCCCAGUCCCGCCAAGGAUGCCUGCCAACAGUGCCGCAACCCACAUCCAAACACUCCUGGACGACAUCGAAGCGCAGAACAUCAAACUCGAUAUGCCUUUCCUCAGUCAGCUCAUCUUCACGGCCGCCCACCUCGACGAUCCCACUACAUCCCUCCACAUCGCUGAGACGCUCAUCACCCGUCUGCGCGCCGCGGGAUACAGAUUCUCCACGUACGCGCACAAUCAGAUGCUCAAUGCCGCUCUCGCUCUGCGGACCGUCCGCACAGCCAACGACGUUGCAGAGGUCUUCGAUUAUUGUGUCGCGCUGAUGCGGGAGGACGCCGCGAUGCCGAAUCAACAUAGUUACUUGAUUGCCGUUAAAGCUUGUUGCGCGAGACAGUUGUGGACCGCCGCGAUGGCUUACUACCGCCAGUUGGUUACGAAUGGUCUCGUUUCACCGCCUUCUGUCCCCUCUGCAUCAUCGGCAACAGACAGCGUGACACAUUCAUCGGGCGCAACGCUGUCGGCAUUCGCACCCUUGAUGGCAGACUGCAGGAAGGCGGUCACACCACACGUGUGGCAGCACCACGUCGCUCUCCUCCAAGAACUUCGGAAAACGGCCGCGGCCACCGGAACUGCUAAUUCAGAGGCCGAACGAUGGGCAGACUUUGAACUCGCGAUAUAUGAUGCUGUGGAAGAUAUCGCGAGUUCCGACGCACCUGCCGUCGAUGUUAUACCAAGUCCUGCAUCGAUGACACCGUUAUCACCGAGUCCCGCGCGCACUCCAUCAAUAUCACCAUCACUUCCACCUCGCACAACGAUGCAGCUGGGCUUGACGCACCCACCACCCGUCGCGAACCCGUACCCGUCUCCGCCCACGGCGCCCGACACGAUUUCCCCGGCGUCAUCGCCGUUUACGCUUGACCGCCAGGCGGAGUUGGAGGAACGUGUACCGCCAUCAUCAUCACCAUCGUCGUCACCGGCGGUGUUGGAGGUAGCAAGGAGAGAUGAGAAAGUUGGGGAAGCUUGUACGGACGCGGAGGGACAUGUCAAGCAAGGUGGGGAUGUUGAGGCGGUGCGGACUGGGCGGUGA